AUUUAUAUUAAUUUACAAUAAAUACGAACUUGUACACCUAAUUUAUUAAUUAUAUAUUAAUUAUAAAUUUAAUAAAUAUUAAUUAAAAGUUAAUAUUCUUUAAUUCACAGAUAAUAAAGUUACACAGUCAGUUUCCUGGUCAUGUUGAGUUAUAUUUACAUAACUCAUUUAAUUUUUUGUUACAAAUUUUAGUACAAUUAUUUUUCAUGUAUUGGAAAUAAUGCAUUAUUGAAAGCACUAUGCCUAUUUGCACGGCGGUUGUCCUUCCCCUCCCCACCCGAGUGAGAAAUAAUGAUUAAAAAGACGUCGAUGUCAAUUCGACAUCAUUUCUCACUGUGUCAAUAUUUAUGACAUAGUGACUAAUUAACCCAUUAAUCAUGGCUAGACCAAUGGAAGAAUCGAAAAAGUAAUUAUUGGAACCUUCACUUUAGGUCAAAAGAACAUUUUAGGCGCAAAAAAAUUGUUUUAAUUUGUUUAUAACAAAAUUUGUUUGAACAAAUUACGAAAGUCGACUUUUUGAAAAAAAUCUAAUAGCGAUUUAAUAGCCAUUUGAUUGCACAGAAAAAAUUAUAUGGAAAUCAUGUAUUACAUUGUCAAAAAUAUUUAUUUUGCUAUAGUAAUGUUAUAAACAAUUUUUCGCUGUCUGUACCCGUUACUACCCAAUUGCAUUUCUAUUAUAAAUUGUCAUUGGAAUUUUCUUUAUGAUUACAAUUAUGUAGCUAUGCAAGUUUAUGGGUAAAUUUUUACAAAAUGGUCAAUGUGAUGUCAUUUUGACGUCCAAAUGACAUCAAAAAUUGAUCAAUAUUGAGGGACUGAUUGCCAUCAAAAUAACUUUGUUUUAUUUGAUCUCAAGUUGAUAUCAGUUUGACGUCAUUUUGACUAAUAUGUGUUGCUUGGGGGACUUAUUGGCAGACUGUAGUCGACUAUUAGUGAAGUGCCUUUAGAUUUUAACUGCGGAAAAAUUUAAUACAGAGUAAAAUCAACGGGAAUCUUUUCUUCAAUAUAUCUAAAAUAUAAAAAAAUUGUUUACCUCUUUAAAUAGUGAGCUUUCUUUUUAUUUAACAUGUUGUAGUCCGAACUACAACGUAGGUGACAAAAGACGUUGCAAAAGACGUCAUCGUUCGCAACGCCUUUGGAAUCCGCCGCGCUCACAGAGGUCCCUGCUAACUUCCGUGAUCUCGCAAAAUUCGAUGCGAAACUACGUUCGGGCUGUUCCGCAUCGAAUUUUGCGAGAUCACGAAAGUUAGCAGGAACUUCUGUGAACACGGCAGAUUCCAAAGACUAGUGUCCCUUGAAUAUUCAAGAGACACUACCAAAGGCUUGCGAAUGAUGACCUCUUUCGCAAUGUCUUUUGUCACCUACGUUGUAGUUCGGGCUACAACAUGUCAGUCGAUCUAAAUAAACACCUUACGCGGCCCAAGUAAACAGUAAAGCUACCGCAUACCAAUAUCUAGCCUCGCGGAAGUUACUCAACGCAUCCGGUCAUUGGCUACUAAAAAUCGCACUAAGUCAUCGGUUAUAUAAAGUCAGUGACUUGGCGAAGAGAGUAACAUAAUCGUCCGAGUUACGUUGAAUUACGUUUAUUAAACGUCGCGAGUGAUCCUUAAGACCCGUCUACAUAUAUAGGUCGCAGCACAUUAGACGCAAUUCGCACACGCAAAGACAACGCAAGACAUAUUUAUACAGUAAAAAUCCGUCUACAUAGGUCGCAACACGCCAGACGCAAUUUGCAGACGCGGAUUUGAGUAAAUGACAGCCAGAACUAGUUUCUUGCUUACAACUUAAAUAUUAUCUAAUUAAUAUUUAUCACAGUGAUAUCAUCGAAACUAUAAUUGAAACAAUGGAUGAUAAAAAAGUGUACAGAUCGUGGAACGGCAUUGAAUCGGGUGAAGAGAUCGUUAUUUCUGGUAUUAGCGGCAGAUUUCCAGAUUCAGACAAUAUGAAUCAGUUGCGAGAAAAUCUAUUUAAUAAAGUUGAUCUUGUUAAAGCAAAUCAUGAUCGAUGGAAAAAAGAUUUUCUUCCGGAUAUGUCAAACCGUAUUGGAACAGUUACCAAUAUAAAAAAAUUCGAUACUAAUUUCUUCGAAUUACCUUUCGAUCAAACGCACACACUCUCGCCUGAAGCGAGAAUGUUAAUGGAACAUUGUUACGAAGCAAUUAUCGAUGCCGGAAUUAAUCCAAAUCAAUUACGAGGAAAAAAUACUGCUGUAAUUAUGGGGACAUAUUUUAUUGAAGCGCAAAAACAGUUUUUAUAUAAAAAAGAACAGUUAGGUGGCCUGAAUGUUAUUGGAUGUAGCAAAACUGCAAUAGCGAACAUGAUUUCAUACUACUUAGAUAUAAAAGGACCAUCGCAUGUAGUUGAUUCAGCAUGCAGUUCUAGUCUUUACGCUGUGGCACUUGGUUAUAAUUAUAUUAUGUCAGGAGUAUGCGAAGACGCGAUAAUUGGAACCGCAAAUCUAUGUCUUAGUCCAACUAUUAAUCUACUAUUCACUAAUCUUGGUGUUUUGUCACCCAAUGGUUAUUGCAAACCAUUUGAUUCCGCUGCUAACGGUUUUGUGCGUGCUGAAUCGGUGGCAGUGAUAUAUCUACAAAAAGCAAAGAAUGCAAAAAGAAUUUAUGCUAUAUGUCCACAUCUUAAAGUAAACAACGAUGGCUAUAAACAAGAAGGAAUAACGUUUCCGUCGUCUUUCAUGCAUAGUACUCUACUAACGGAAUUUUACAAUGAGUGCGGAAUACCGACUUCUCACUUGGAUUACAUUGAAACACAUGGUACCGGAACCAGAGUUGGCGAUUUUCAGGAAAUUAAUGCAAUCCAGAAUGUUUUGUGUAAAAAUAGAGAAACUCCAUUAAUGAUUGGUUCUGUUAAAUCUAAUCUCGGUCAUGCUGAAUCAGCAAGUGGUUUUACUCAGAUUGCUAAGGUAAUAAUAGCAUUCGAAAGCGGUUUUGUUCCUCCAAAUAUUAAUUAUACAACACCACGAAAUGAUAUAGAUGCCUUAGUGAAUGGAACUGUUCGUGUCGUCGAAAAACCACUGCCACUUAAAAACGGUUACAUAGGUAUCAAUUCUUUUGGUUUCGGAGGAGCUAAUGUUCAUACAUUGUUAAAGUGGAAUCACAAACAAAAAAUUAACAACGGUUUACCAAAUGACGAUUUGCCAAGACUUGUGAUAUUAUCUGGAUGUACUGAAGAAUCUGUAAAGUUGUUUUUAAACGACGUCGUUAAUCAUCCAAUAGAUAAGGAAUACAUCCGUUUAUUACACGAUAUCCAUGCAGAUAACAUAGAAGGUCAUUCAUGGAGAGGAUUUAUUAUACUUAAUAAUCAGCAACAAGGAUUAAUAAAAGAAAUUCAAAAUUGUGAAACCAUAAAAAGACCUAUUUGGUUUAUAUUUUCUGCUCUAGGCACACAAUGGCCAGGAAUGGGACAAAACUUGUUAAAAUUUCAAGUUUUUGCAAAUACAAUAAAAAUGUGCGAUAUUAUUUUAAAACCAUAUGGUAUAAGUAUCACGGAUAUUUUGACAAAGACAGAUGAAAAAUUGUGCGAAAACGCUUUAUAUGCCUUUCUUGGUAUCGUCGCUAUUCAGAUUGGAUUAGUAGACCUUUUGACAUCCUUAGAAAUUAUUCCGGAUUACAUGAUUAGUCAUUCUGCUGGUGAACUCGGUUGCGCCUACGCGGAUAAAUGUCUCACUAUUGAACAAACUAUUUUGUCAGCAUACUUCAUUGGUUUGGCAUGUGUUGAAGAAAAAAUAAUUCAUAGUUCUAUGGCACUUGUCAGUUUUGAUUAUGGAAGUCUCAAAAAUAUGUGUCCAAAGAAUAUUAAAAUAAUAUGUCACAAUAGCGAGAACAGCAUUGUUGUGUGUGGACCUACAGAAUCUGUACAAAAAUUUAUGAAAGAAUUACAGCUAAAUAAUAUUCACGUGAAAGAGAUCUACUGCAACGUACCGUAUCAUAGUUCUUACCUCGCAUCUAUCAAAACUCAACUUCUGUUAAAUUUAAACAAUGUAAUACCACGGCCAAAGAAACGGAGUUUAAAAUGGAUAAGUUCUUCAAUACCUUGUACGGAAUGGUUUACUUCAGCGGCAAGCUUAUCAUCGGCGGACUAUCAUACGCAUAGUAUAUUAAACCCUGUUCUUUUUGAACAAACCACGCAACUAAUUCCAAGUAAUGCUAUAACUAUCGAAAUCGCACCAGACAACAUUUUGCAAGAAGUUUUGAAAAAAUCCUUGGAUAGAAAAGCAAACAUUGUAUUGAAUAGACGCACUGAACAAAAUAUUGAAGUACUUUUAAGAGGAAUUGGACGACUCUACAAUUAUGGUUUACAGCCGCAGAUCGCCAGUUUGUACCCACCAGUGAAAUUUCCAGUUAGCCGAGGAACUCCUAUGAUCUCUCCAUCAAUUAGAUGGAAUCAUUCUGAAAAUUGGUUUACACCAAAAUGUAAGAUACAUAAGUACAUAAAAAGAGAAAGAUACAUUCAAAUUGGACUAAAAGAUGUGGAGUACGAUUAUUUGGCCGGACAUGUAAUAGAUGGGAAAAACUUGCUGCCCGCAACAGGUUAUCUUGUAUUUGUUUGGCAAACUAUUGGCAUGAUGAAAGGAUUAAUGCCCUCAUCAAUACCAAUAAUAUUUCGAGAUGUAAAGUUUAUUCGUGCUACUUAUUUGACAAAAAAUAGUACUGUGACAUUAAGGAUUGUGAUACAGAAAGAUGGGAAGUUUGAAAUAACCGAUGGUGAUAGCGUUGUGGUAACAGGCACAGCAUACGACAUAUCGAAUCCAGAACAAGAAAUGACUUCGACAGAUUUAUUAUCAAAGAAUUAUGAUGAAGAAGAGCAACUGACGACCCGAGAUAUCUAUAAGGAGUUGAAACUCCGCGGUUAUCAGUAUAGUGGUUGGUUUCGUGGAAUAAAAAGUGCAUCUGUUUCAGGCAAUAAAGGACAUAUUAUUUGGAAAAAUUGGGUAACUUUUAUGGAUAUCAUGCUACAAAUGUGUCUUAUCGGAUGCGAUACUAGGAAUUUGUAUGUUCCUACGAGUAUUCAAAAAGUGGUGAUUAAUCCUGAACUUCAUAUUUCGAUGCUACAAAAUAAUGCAGAUUAUACGAACGAUAUGAUAUUACCCGUACAAAUAUACAAAGAGAUAGACACGAUUAAAGCUGGCGGAAUAGAGAUACAAGGCCUUAAAGCUAUUCAGAUUUCUCGUCGAAAUUUAAACCAAGUUGCUAUUAUUGAGAAGUACACAUUUAUAGCUCAUCAAGAUCGCGCUAAGAUGUCUUUAAACGAAGCGAUUCGGAUAUCAGCACAACUCGUGCAGGAAGAUCAUCAAAUCACUAAAGUGAAGGCCAUUGAGCUGGUGGAAGACAUGGAUGAAGUUACAUUUGAAUACCUUUCAUCUUCAUUGCUGAUUGAAGCUUUUAAGGAUAUGCCAUUAAUACAAACGAAUAUUACUCUAUUAACAUCGCCGAAUCGUUUCAAUUCAGAAGACUUAUCACAAAAUAUUUUAAUCGCUGAUAUAAACAAAUCAACUGUAAACGAUAAAGUCGUAAUAGUUGCCGGAUUCAAUCUUUUAUCUAAACAGCAGAGUUCUUUAGAACGACUUUUGCCAUUUCUAAAAGAAGGUGGCUAUCUGUUGACGCGUGAAAAGUGCGAUACAUGUGACUAUAGCAAGUAUCAGCAACAGUACGAAUUAAAUGUUAUUCUUGAAAAGCGCAGCGAUAAAGAAAUGAUUAUUCUUAUGAAGAAGAAAGUUUAUGUAAAAAAACGCAUUGUUGUUCAUAUAAAUAAUAAUAAUUUUAACUGGUUAGAUGAUUUAAAGCCGUUUAUAAGCGACAAAAGCAAACUCGAGAAGGAUAGUAGAAUCAUAGUUGUUGGAGAGGGAGACUCUGAAUGCGGUCUGUUGGGUUUUGUUAACUGCUUGAGAAAAGAACCAGGGGGAGAACUUGUUAGAGGUGUGCUUAUUCAAGACAAGGAGGCUCCUAAAUUUUCUCUUCAAGACCCCUUUUAUUUACAACAAUUGAAAAAAGAUAUGACAAUUAAUGUAUUGCGAUCUGAUAGAAUCUGGGGAUCGUACAGAUAUUUAGCAUUACCACGACAGGAACCUGAACCUGUUUCUACCGCUCACGUUAGCCAAAGGAUUCGUGGUGAUUUGAGUACAUUUUAUUGGAUAGAGAAUAAUCGAUCUAUUGAAUCUCCUCUUGAAGAUUUGGUGUCUGUGGUUUACUCAUCUUUGAAUUUUAGAGAUGUCAUGUUUGCGUCUGGUAAAUUAAUCCUUAAUAUAGCUAUGUCACGGGGACGGUUAUAUAAAUAUAUUCCUCUUGGAAUGGAAUACGUUGGAUUCGAUGCUACCGGACAACGAGUAAUGGGAAUUCAUGAUACUGAUUGUAUAGCAAACGUUGUUGUAAAGAAUAAAGAUUUAUGUUGGAACGUACCUGACACAUGGACAUUUGAAGAAGCUGCGACAGUCCCGUGCGUUUAUAGUACAGUUUAUUUCGCCUUAUACAUUUAUGGAAAAAUAAGGAAAGGCGAUAAAAUACUUAUACACUCUGGUACUAGUGGCAUUGGACAGGCAGCUAUUCAUCUCGCUCUCAAAGAAGGAUGCGAAGUGUUUACUACUGUAGGCACGAGCGACAAACAAAAUUUUAUUAAAAAAAUGUUUCCUACAAUUUUGGAUGAACGUAUUGGAAAUUCUCGAGAUACCAGCUUUGAACAAAUGAUCAUGCGGCAAACGAACGGUCGUGGCGUUGACAUCGUGUUAAAUUCACUGGCGGAAGAAAAGCUAAUUGCCUCCGUUCGUUGUUUGGCACAAAACGGCCGUUUUUUGGAGAUCGGAAAGUUUGAUUUUGUUUCUAACAAUCCUCUUUGUAUUUCUGCGUUUCAGAAGGGUAUUAGCUUUCAUGGAAUUUUAUUAGAUAAUCUAUUUAUUGGUGAUCACAAGUAUAAAUCAAUAUUACGCAAAAUGAUAAGUGAUGGUCUUAAGAACGGAACCAUUAAACCUAUUCAUGUAAAAGUUUUUCCGAAAACAGAUAUUGAAGAAGCUUUUAGAUACAUGGCGAGUGGAAAACAUUUGGGAAAGAUUAUAAUAAAUAUUUGGGACAGAAAUAAACCUUUAAAUGAGCCUAUUAUCGCAUAUCGUCGUUAUUAUUGUCUCAGGAACAAAAGUUAUAUUAUAUUGGGAGAUUUGGGUGGAUUUGAUUUAAAGUUAACAGACUGGCUAAUAUUCCGUGGUGCCAGAAAUAUAGUAUUGGUUUCACGAACUGGCAUAAAAAACGAUUACCAACGCAUGAAGAUUCAACUAUGGAAAUCGUAUGGUGUAAAUGUGCUAAUCAUCAAGAAUAUUGAUGUCGCUGAUUCUGCAGGUUGUAAAUACCUCUUGCAAACUGCGGAAAGCAAAGCACCAGUGGACGCGAUAUUCAAUCUUGGUGCGGUGUUGAAAGAUAAUGUUCUAAAGAAUCAAACAGCGGAGACAUUUGCAGAGUCCUUUCAGUCAAAGGCUCGGGCGACGCAAACUUUGGACAAACUUUCCAGAAAGUAUUGCGCUAAAUUAAGACAUUUUGUAGUGUUUUCUUCCGUUUCUUGUGGCAGAGGAAACGCUGGACAGACUAAUUAUGGCAUGGCCAAUUCUGUUAUGGAAAGAAUUUGUGAGAAGAGAGUGGAGGAAGGAUUACCCGGUUUGGCAAUUCAAUGGGGAGCUGUUGGUGAUGAGAGUCUCGUCGCUGACAUGCAGGAAGGUGAACAAGAAUUAAUUAUUGGUGGUAUCUCACAACAAACAAUUUCCUGCUGCCUCGAAGAACUUGAUAAGUUUUUACUUCAAAGCCGACCUGUAGUGAGCGGUAUGAUAAUAGCUGAAAAGAAAUCGAGAUCAAUCCGACAUGAAACUCCGACAGAAGCUAUCGCUGAUAUUUUAAAUAUAAAAGACAUGAAAGUUGUAAGUCAAAAUACGUCUCUGGCUGAACUUGGAAUGGACUCCAUGAUGAACGUGGAAGUCAAACAAACUUUGGAACAGGAAUUCGAUAUUUUUCUCACUUCACGAGAAGUGUAUAACCUUACUUUUGCAAAACUUAAUAAAAUGUUUAAGCUAAACGUCAGUAAUAAUAAUACGCAGAAUAAAUAUCCCAAAUAGCACUGGAUGUUCCAAGAACGUUCAUUUUAAGUCCAAUUCAGGUCCGCAUAUCCAUGGACAUAAAAUGGACAUUCAUAGGAUGUCCAUUAUUGGAAUUAAAAUGGAUGUUCUAUUUAGAACGUCCUAUGCUGGAUAUUUAAUUUAUGUCCACACUUGGAUCUUACUUUUAUAUAAUUUAUCUUUAUUUUUAUCAAGCAACGCGGUA